AUGAGUGUGAUUCUUGGGCAGGCUGCCCCUAGAGAGAGUGGGGAGAUGCCCAGAACCCCCACUGUGGAUGAUGCGGAGACCCCAGUGGCUGCAGUGGUAGAGGGUGAAGCUUCACCCAAAAGCCACCUAUUUGUGGGGCUUCCAAUUGGGGAGCCCCUACUGGGGUCCCCAAGCUGCGACCUCAGUUGGUCGGGAGCCCUGCGAGCCCGCCUCCUCACCACGCUGCUGACCCGCGGCUCCAACCCCUGCGUGGGCCAGCAGCUCGGGCAAGUGCGCCCAUCUCGGCUGAAGACACCUGCGCUUCCUUUCCCACCCUUCUCCGCCCAUUUCGCUGCGGUUUCUCCACUGCCUUGGGGAGCUCGGGAGCGGCUGCUGGAGGAGGAGCAGGGGGAGGAGGGGAAGGGCCAGGAGGAGGGAAGAGAUUUGCUUAGACACACACACGCGCACACAGCUGGGCACGUCUCCGGGAGGCAGCUGCCGGCUCGGGCGCGCCGGGGGCCGGGCGGCGGCCGUGACAGCGCCAGCCGCGGGGAGCGGGGCGCCGGCACAGCUUGGCACCAGCGGCUCCAAGACCCUGCAAGGGAAGAUCCAGCCGUACUGACUGCUGCUCUUUUGGGCGGAUCGGAAGAGCGCAGACUGCCCAACAAGCUGUCACCGAGGACGCCGGAGGCUCUCCCCCGGGCGCUCAGAGUCUGGGGCCGCGCCGGUGCCCGCGGGGGUAGAGGAGGAUGCGCACCUCCUCCUGCAGAACGACUGGGGGCCCGGGCGCUGCUCGGACUCCGGCUCCGGCGGCCGCCCGUGACGUGCCCGCGCCGCGGGAGCGCGCCUUGCCGCACCUGGCUCCAGCCUCCAGGGGAAGUGCAGAAAACGCGCCCUAACUCCACUACUUCUCCCGCUUCCUCCUCCGCCCGGCUCCCCGCCCGGGACCCCGCCGCCGCUGCCGCCUGCGUGCGGGGCCCGCCCGCCGCUUACUCUCACGCGCGCACGCACAGCCCCGCUCGCUCGCGCUCAUUCACGCCGACUCGCGUUCCGCCCCGCCGAAGCCCGGGCAUCCGAAACUACCCGACCAACUGCCGCCGGGAGUGCAGGAGCCGCCGCACCCAGAGCCCGGAUCCGCUGCCCGCGUCGCCACCGCCGGGACCACGAGGUGAUCAGGUACCCAGACACUUCAGCAUUGAUAUCUUCCCAUCUCAGUGGCAUUUCUGGUGCCCACCUCAGGAGUCUCCUUGGCCAACCUUGAAACACUUAGAAAUUAAACAGAAUCCACUGCAUAGAUUCUUCUUGAAAAUUUUCAUCAUAAAUGUUAAGAACUUUCUGAGUAAGCAUAAGGACUUGAAGGCCUCAACCAUGUCGGCCAAAUUUCCUUACUUUCUUUGAGAAAGUAAACAUUGUUCAAAUAUCAUCUUUUGUCUGCUAAUAUUGGAAUGAUCAAAUAUGUAAUAAGUGCAAGGU